AUGGGCCAGGAUUUGAGUGAAGAUGGGCACAAGAACAAGCUUUCAAUAUAUAAGAAGACCAUGGAGUCUAAGAAGAAUUACGACCAGAAAUGCAAAGAUGCCGACGAAGCCGAAGGAGCCUUUGAAAAGAUCAGUGCCGCCGGAAACCAGAAGCAAACGGAAAAGAGCCAGACCAAAGCGAAGCAAUGCAAAGAAGCCGCCAAUGAAGCAGAAAGAGUCUACAAGCAGAACAUAGAGCUGUUGGAUCAGGCGAGAGUUACUUGGGAGCAGGAACACAUCAGCACGUGCGAGGCCUUCCAACUCCAAGAAUGCGACCGGAUCACCAUCCUGAGGAACUCCUUGUGGGUCCAUUGCAACCAGCUGUCCACGCAGUGCGUCAAGGAUGACGAGCGCUUGAGGGCCUUCUCAUCAUCUGAUGCCACCCCGGGUCCCAUUAUCUUACCGAACCGAUGGAUGAGCGUGGGAUGGAAUAGCAAAGACUUCGUAGAGAUGAAAUGA